CCGCCCCCUGCUGGGCUGAGUGGUGUUUUUGUUGUUGGUAAAAGGUUAGUGGAACAGCUGAUUGCUCUGUAGGAGGAUGGAGGAGGUGUCUCCUAGCAAGUCACAGGCACAGCCCCACCCUACCAUGGCCUUCCUCAAUGUGGCCCGCACCUACGUGCCCAACACCAAGGUCGAGUGCCACUACACCCUGCCCCCCAGCAUGAAGCCGUCAGCCCGCGACUGGAUCGGGAUAUUCAAGGUGGAGGCCUCGUCCGUGCGGGAUUACUACACCUUCGUGUGGUGCGUGGUGCCCGACGGAGGCGCGGAGGGGGCGCCCGUCCAUUCCAGCGUCCAGUUCCAUGCCAGCUACCUGCCCAAGCCAGGGGCCCAGCAGUACCAGUUCCGCUAUGUGGACCGCCGUGGCGAGGUGCGCGGCCAGAGCUGCCCCUUCCAGUUCAGCGAGCCCCGGCCCAUGGACGAGCUCGUCACGCUGGAGGAGGAUGACGAGGGCAACAUGGACAUGUUGCUGGUGGUGCCCAAGGCCACCCUGCUGCAGAACCAGCUGGAGGAGAGCCAGCAGGAACACAGCAGGCUGCUGCGAGAGAAGCUGCGGCUGGAGGAGGAGGUGAAGGAGCUGCAGGCCCGGAUUGAGCAGCUGGAGGAGGCUCUGGGCACCAUGCGGGAUGAGCACACCAAGCUGGCGGAGCAGUACAAGGAUCUCUCGAGCUCCCAUGCAGCCGUGAUGGAGGAGCGGGACGCGCUGAGCCGGCAGCAGGCGGGACAGCUGGCCCGCAUCCAGGAGCUGGAGGAGGACGUUCAGGCCCUGAGCGAGAAGGUGCUGCAGAAGGAGGUGGAAUUGGACAGGAUGAAGGACACGGUGAAGUCCCUGGUGCGGGAGCAGGAGCAGAUCCACCACCAGCUCAAGGAGGAGAACGCCGAGAAGGAGCAUUACCAGGUCAAGCUGCAGGCUUCGGAGCAGGAGAGCCGGAACCUGGCCUGCGACCUGCUGCUGGCCAAGACCCGGCACAGCGAGAAGGUGUCGCAGGCCCUGGUGCUGCAGGAGGACAUCAGCAAGCUGCAGCAGAAGCUGGCAGCUGCACAGCAGAGGACGGCCCAGCUGGAAGCGCUGUGUGAGCAGCUCCGCUCCACCCAGGACCUCCUUGCCGCCAGCCAGCAGAAAGUGGUGCUGCUGGGGGAGGAGUUGGCCAGCGCCUCCUCCAUCCGGGACCGGACCAUCUCGGACCUCCACAAGAGCCGGCUGGAGUCAGCCGAAACCAACAUCAAGCUGGCAGACAUGACCCUGAAAUGGAAGGAGGGAAAAGGCCAGUGGUGGAAGGAGAAGAGCAACCUCCUGCAGAGCAUAGAGGCGGAGAAGGACAAGAUCCUGAAGCUGAGCGCCGAGGUGCUGAAACUGGAGAAGAACCUGCAGGAGGAGCGAGCCCAGAAGCAGGCGCUGAAAUCUGAACUGUCCCACGAGAGGGACUCCAGCCUGGUGCAGCUGUCGGAGAGCAAGCGGGAGCUCAAGGAGCUGCGCGCGGCCCUGAAGGUGGCUGAGAAGGAGAAGGAGCAGCUCCAGGAGGAGAAACAGGAGCUGCUGGAGUAUGCCCGCAAGCUGGAGGAGCGGCUGGAGAAGGUGGCCGAUGAGAAGUGGAGCGAGGUGACGGCGGCCGAGGAGGAGGAGGCAGCGGCCACAGCACUGAGCUCCCUGGACUCCCCACUCUCGGACUCGGAGGACGAGUCCCCCGAGGACAUGAGGAUCCACACCCAGCUCAGCCCCUACAGCCUGUGCGACAACCGGGCAGGCACCAAGACCCCGCCGUGCCUGCGGGAGCCCAUGCACAAGGUGGUGAUCAGCCAGCCCGCCCCCAUCACCACCCAGAUCAAGCAGCCCACCGAGGACAACAGCUCCGACUCAGAGGCGGAGGACGAGAAGGCCGUGCUGAUGGCGGCUGUGCGGAGCGGAGGGGAAGAGACCAGUCUGCUGCUGCCCGAGCUGGGCAGCGUCUUCUAUGAGAUGGCCAGCGGCAUCACCGGCCGCCAGCCGUCAGACCCGGGCCCUUGUGGGAUGGGUGCCUCCCCGCUGGACCUGCCCGCGUCCCCCGGCCUGUGGAAGGAGUGCCCCAUCUGCAAGGAGCGCUUCCCCCUGGAGUGCGACAAGGAGGCGCUGGAAGAGCACGUCGACAGCCACUUCUUCUUCAGCGCCCACGACCCCUUCGCCUUCGAGUGACGCCCCCGUCGCCCCCGCCUCUCCCUGCCCCCCUGCCUCUCCCCGGACCCUCCUGCCAGGCGCCGCCAGCCCGGCUC